AUGAGGGAGCUACAGCUGCAGAUGAGGGAGCUACAGGAGGAUGAGGGAGCUCCAGCUGCAGCGUCUCAGCGUGGCGUGUGGACACAGAGCCCAGAGCAGGGUGUGCGGUGUGUGGUUUGGCACUUCCUGUCGAAAGCAGAAGCGGAGGCAGACAUGAAUAUUGAUGUACGUAUUCGCUUGGCUCGGUCGCUGAUUGCUCUCAACAUAGCUGGCACCCUGCCCUGCUCGGCCACGGGCUGUGUAGUGUGUGUUGCCAGUGCGGAGGAAGAGGCAGCCCAGGAGGCAGCCUCACGGAGCAUGUUGCAGCAGCAGCCUCUGUCGGGGGCCUCCAGCGGCAGGGCCCUCUCCGUCAGCGGCCACCCGGGCAUGCACGCACUCACCGCGGCCAUGCACGCUCCACAGCACCCCGCGGAUCACGACCCGGGCCUGGACCAUGGCGCAGAGAACGGACACGAGAGCCGCAGAGACAUCGGGGACAUCCUGCAGCAGAUCAUGACCAUCACUGACCAGAGUCUGGACGAGGCGCAGGCGAAGAAACAUGCUCUGAACUGUCACCGAAUGAAGCCUGCGUUGUUUAGUGUGCUGUGUGAGAUCAAAGAAAAGACAGGUCUGUCCAUGAGAAACGCAGCAGAGGAGGAGCCUCAGGACCCCCAGCUGGUGCGUCUGGACAACAUGCUGCUUGCAGAAGGUGUGUCUGGACCAGAGAAGGGCGGAGGAGCUGCUGCUGCUGUGUCUGCUGCCACCAGCGCUGGAGGCAUGUCCCCAGACAGCUCCCUGGAACACUCCGACUACAAGAGCAAGCUGAGCCAGAUCCGCAACAUCUACCACACUGAGCUGGAGAAGUACGAGCAGGCGUGCACAGAGUUCACCACCCACGUGAUGAACCUCCUGAGGGAGCAGUCUCGCACUCGUCCCGUCACGCCGCGAGAGAUCGAGCGCAUGGUCAACAUCAUCCACCGCAAGUUCAGCUCCAUCCAGACUCAGCUGAAGCAGAGCACGUGUGAGGCCGUGAUGAUCCUGCGCUCCCGCUUCCUGGACGCCAGGCGCAAGAGGCGUAACUUUAGUAAACAGGCCACAGAGGUCCUGAACGAGUAUUUCUACUCCCACCUGUCCAACCCCUACCCCAGCGAAGAAGCCAAAGAGGAGCUGGCCAAGAACUGUGGCAUCACUAUGUCUCAGGUGUCAAACUGGUUUGGAAACAAGAGAAUUCGCUACAAGAAAAAUAUUGGCAAGUUCCAAGAGGAGGCCAACCUGUACGCCAUGAAGACCGCACUGGGAGCAGGACCAGGGGAGGACUCGCCACACACACCCAACUCCACUGGCUCCGGCUCCUUCUCUCUGUCUGGCUCCGCACAGGACAUGUUCCUGGGGGUUCCUCCAGUCAACGGGGAUCAGGCUGCUUACCCAAUGGGAGCGCAGGCUAACGGGGGCUGGCCGGGCAGGACCACUCCCCCCUCAGGGAGCCCUCCGCACAGCGACCUGUCGGAGCAGUCGGACUGA